AUGGAUUUAUCCGCACAUCCUUGUGAAGAUUUCUUCCGUUUUACUUGUGGAAAUUUCGAAGUCGAACAUCCACGACCUGACUCACAGACUUCACACGACUGGUUUACAGAGAAGCAGUCGAAAGUUUUACGCGAUAUAAAGAAGAAGCUUCAAAGCACUUCAAUAAAUUCGGAACAUAACGAUGAACCAGAUGCUGUUGUUAAAGCGAAAAUGUUGUUCAAAAGCUGUUUAAACUCGGCUUUAAACGAUAAGCUUCAAUUUGAUCCGUUAUUUCGCUUACUGGGAGAUUUUGGUCUCCCAAAGCUGCCUUCAAUUAUUGAAAAUCCCACUACAAAUGAUGUGAAACUUCAAUGGAUUAAAAUCAUAGCUAAAGUGAAAAGAUCUUUAGGUGUUGACAUUUUGAUGGGUUUUGACGUUUUUACAGAUCCAAUGAAUCGGACUCAUCAGUAUUUAGCUUUCGGUACACCUUCUCAAGAAGACGGAUUGCCUUUAAUUGACGACAUUCUCGCAAAGCGACUGAGGAGAGUUCGACGUAAGAUUUCAUCAUCAGUUGAAGCGAAAAAACAAGAAAGCAGUGAUUAUGAAACGGAAGGUUCCGAAGUCGUUCUAGCGGCAUACGCAACGUACAUGAAAGAAGUAAUUUCAGCUAUAACAAUGAAAACAAAUGCAGCAGAAUUAUACGCGGAAAAUAUUUUGAACGCUAUAAAAGUGACAAUCGACAUUUCAAGAGAAGUUUUUAUUUAUGUUGAACGUGCUGAAAACGCAUCGAAAGCCGAAAUUCGUGGUGGAAAUGUUUCCGAAUUAGUUUACAUAAAGGUUGCCGACUUACAAAAGAUUAUCGACGAUGAUGUGUCGUCUCCUUCUUCUGUGCUUGAAACGUACUUAACAGAAAUUCUAAGCGGAAUUAAAGAAGCACAGUUUGAUUUCGACAAUGAUGUGAUAUUGACAAGCAAGGCUGACAUACUUUAUUUGAAGCUUGUCAUGAAAUUGAUUUAUCAACUUCCGCCAAUACAUUUGGAAAUGUUCAUCUGGUGGAGUGUCGUUGAAGAUUUGAUACUUUACACGACAACAAGCAUGAGACAUCUUUACUAUGACUACUCAAAAGCAGUGACGGGAGUAGAUGGAGCAGUUUCUCGUCAGAGUUAUUGCUCGGCAACUGUCAAUAAGCUUAUGGGAUUUGCUGUAAGUUAUCUGAUUCUUGAAGACGAUUUCAUGAUUAAAACAAAGCCAAAGGUUGAAAAGAUGCUUCAUAAUAUUCGAAUGGCGUUUGAAAAUCUUGUACGUCAUGCUACGUGGAUGGAUUUAGAAACAAAAGAAAGCACCUUGAAAAAAUCUCAAAGGAUGAAAAGUUUAAUUGGUUUUCCGGACUGGAUUUUGAAUAAAACAAGUCUUGAGUCACAUUAUGAACCUAUAAAAAUUAAAAACGACACGUGGAUGAAAAAUAUUGUCGAACUUUUAACAUGGAGCUUUGUUGAAAAGUUAUCAAAGUGGCGCAUGAAGCAUGAAUUCGAGUGGGCAACAAGUCCUACAAAUGUUAACGCAUUUCAUACAUUCCAAGCCAAUGCUAUAACAAUUCCUUUGGCCAUACUGCAGUUUCCUUUUUAUCAGCUAGGAUUAGAAGCAUUGAAUUAUGGAAGUAUUGGAAGUAUUCUGGCUCAUGAACUUACACAUGGUUUUGAUGAUAUUGGAAGGCAUUUUGAUGAAGAAGGCAAUAAAAACUAUUGGUGGACAGAAACGACUGUGAAAAAUUUUGUUAACAGAACUGAAUGCUUUAAAAAGCAAUACAGUAAUUACAUCUUACCUGAUAUUGGAGAAUAUAUUAAUGGUGAAACAACUUUGGGAGAAAAUAUUGCUGACAACGGGGGUGUGAGGGAAGCUUAUUACGCUUAUAACUAUUACGUUCAAUCAGUUGGAAAAGAGCAAAAGCUACCAGGUACUAAAAAAUAUUCAUGUGACAUGAUUUGUUUUACAGGUUUCGAGUCUUACAGUCAUGAACAAAUGUUUUUCAUAUCAUAUGGCAAUUUGUGGUGUGAGACAAUGACUGAAAGUGGGCUGAGGUUUGCUCUUGACGACACUCAUUGUCCAGGGAGAAUAAGACUAUUAGGAGCCCUUUCGAACUUCAAAGAAUUUCAUAAAGCCUUUGAGUGCUACCCGGGACAAAAAUACCAUAAGACAAAAGAUGAAACCUGCAUUAUUUGGUGA